CUGCCAUCACCCCAGACAAGAGCCAACUAACCACCAUGGGGAAAGAACGCUUCAUCGUGAACCCCUUCACAGCCAUGAAUAUAUCUCAAGACGACCGGUUGCAGCUGCAAGACCUCGCGAAUGGCAUUAUCAUGUCCAACCUCGCCAACUACAACACGUUCGUCUCCUCGCACAAGCGCAAAGUCGACUCCCGUCGCUGGAAACAGAUCAAGGAGCGCGAGAACCUCACAGUGUACGCGGAGAGGCCGGAAUCCGCUCACAUCUCUGAUGGUGAGCCAUCGGGUUCCGGACUUCCAAUGAUCCUCUGUGUGGGGUCGAUCGAGGGCAAGCUCGAAGAUCACAUGUACGGAGUGAUGAGCGAAGACCUGGAGACGAUGCGAAUCAAGGCCUCAUAUGUUGACGACGUCAGUGGAGCUGCUGUGUUGGACUCUGUGGUCCUCCCCACCCUGGAAGAACCGUUCCAGUCCCUCCUCGUCAAGUGGAUGGAGCUCGAUAUCCCGUUCGCGUCGACCAGUCUGGUCAAGAAUCGAGACUACGUGUAUCUCGAAGGCACGGGCUUCGCCACUUCGCAGAGCGGUGAGCGUCUCGGCUAUCACUUGCUCCACUCGGCUGCCCCCAACGUCAUGGAAAUGUACGCCACGGGAAUCUUCGAUCCGUGUGGUGAUAUGAUCCGCAUGCUCGUCGUCCCAGGGAUGGCUACUGCUUUCCUUUCAAGUGUCAAGUACGGGUUCUGUGGCCAGAUGCGCAAGCUCAGCUUCAUGCUCGACAAGGCCUAUGCGGAAUCAAAGCAGCGUGGAGCUCCUAACAAGAAGAGCAUCUGCGUCACCUGCUCGUCUCCAAUCGGUCGUCGAUUGGGAGACUUCUCGAAGAGCAACAGCACAUGCAAGCUGUGCUUUGGCCACGUCUGCCACGCGUGCAGAAUUGUCCGCAAGUUGAGCUUCGUGGACCCCGACCUGCAGCUGUCCAAGCGAAAGGUGACAUUCUGCACGGGCUGCAUCGGCUCGGUGACCAAUAUGAACGCGAGCGACUGUGCGCAAGCGAAGAUGCUGACAGUUCGGAAGGACGUUGACCACUCGAGCAUUCAGACCAACUCGACACUGAGCGGGGACUACAGCAGCGAGAUGUCGUACAGCAGCUCGACGUAUUAAUCAUUACAGCGCGGUUGCUGGGGGGUGGUGAUAUUGAUAUCUUGUGUAGUGUAAACUAACGCACCUUUUGCAAAUGUU